CCAUGCGAACCACCGAAACGCCCUAUAAAUCGCCCCCUCCCCAUCCGCCAUUCCUCCUCAGGCUAGCAAAGAAGAAGGAGAACCCCAACCCGCCACAAAGAAUAAGUCUCUCCCUCUCAUCUCUUCCGCCGGUAGCAAUGGAGAUGACAAAUAUCGCCUGCAUUGUCCUCGUCGCCGCUGCUUCGGCCGCCACAGCCCUGGCAGCUGAGGCCCCGGCUCCUGGUCCCGCCAGCGCGUCCUUCGCCAUCACCCCCUCCAUGGGAGCCGCCGUCGGUGCCGCCGCACUCUCCUUCUUUGCCUUCUACUUGCAGUAGCCUCGUGAAGAGAGAGAAAGAUCGAGAGAAGCGUUUCUUGAUUCCUUGUUUCCUCGUUUAAUUCUCUACAUUGGUUUGAUACAAACGAAUGAUCGGAUGUUAUUGAUUACAAUGCAAUAUUAAGUUCAUU